AUGGCAUCAUCUGAUAGAGCAGAAAAAUGCGAUGAAGAAGAAAGCUUGCAAAUUCUUGAGAAAGCUGGUCGAUUGAAAAAUGCUUCUCACAGUGAUGAUCUUCUCAAAAUGGGACGAUAUUCAAUAUUUUUAUGCAUUUUCGUAGAAGUUGCAAUGCUAUCUCAACUUUCCAACACUAUGUUAAUGGUAUAUGCAGGUGCUUCACCAACUAUAAAAUCAUGUGGAAACAUUUCAUUUUCUUCUAAUGAAGAAGCUUGUGCAAAUUAUAACGAAUAUUGCAAAGAACAAAAUAAUAUUACCUUUGCUAGACAAUUUUACGGGAUCACUGAACAGUUCAAACUUUUAUGCGAGGAUGCGAAAUUAGAGAAACUAGGGACAUCGAUACAAAUGAUUGGCGUUAUGUUGGGUUGUCUAGUUUUUGGCCAAAUUGGAGAUUUUUAUGGACGAAAGAAACCAAUGAUGUUUUGUCUUUGUAUGUGUUUCAUUUUUGGAAUUUGGUCGGCUUUAUCAUCUGAUUUCAAGAAGUUCACAAUUUUUCGAACUAUUCUUUGCUUCUUCAAUGGUGGACAAAGCACGAUAUCAGUGGUUUAUAUGAUUGAAAACAUUCCUAAACGAACAAGAGGAUACGUCUCAACACUCAUCAGUUAUUCUCCAAAUGUGAUUCUACUCGGAAUUCUCGCUUUUCUAUUCCAAGAAUGGGACCGACUGGCUUUGGUGAUUGCCUUUUUAACAGUUCCCGCAAUUGUGAUGCUUGCGUUUCUCCAUGAAAGCCCCCGAUGGUUGAUGCAGAAAGGAAAAGUUGCCCAUGCCAAAAAAGUGUUUUUGGCUAUCGAAAAGUUUGAUGGAACUCCUUUAUCAGAGUGUUUGAAUGGUGAUGAGCUGGAGAAUUUUCUGGAAUACGAACAUGACAGACAAAUAUCGGAAGCGAAUACAAAAGUUGGGAAACAACACUCAUUUUGGCAUCUGUUCAAAACGAGAGAGAUUAUGACUGGUACAUUGGUGAUUGCCUUCACAUUCUUCGCAACAACCCUAAUCAACUACUCAAUCAUGUUUAAUUUGGGAGCAGUUGCUGGUUCAAUCUAUGUUAACUCAAUUUUCAUUGGACUUCUCCGUUAUUCGUUCAGCCUUUUCAGUGGGUUUAUGGAUUAUAAAUUCGAGAAUUUCAACCGGAAAAUGUGUCAUGGGAUCUGCAGUAUUGUCACAAUCUCAAUAAUCGUUGCCAUCAUUGCAUUCUGUUUGACAAACACUACUUCAACAUUCUCUACACUUAUUCGAAUUGGAGUUUUAUUAUCCUGUGCUAUGACAUCUCAAGCUAUUAUUGUGGCAAGCAUUGCUUCAAAUGAAUUGAUGCCAACUGCCAUCCGAUCUAUUUCGUACUCCACAGCACAACUUUGUUCCAGAUUCGGAAUCGUGUUUGCACCGCACGUUUUCCAUUUGAACUUGUAUACCAGAAUAGACUUCCCAGUUCUGCCAUAUGCCAUUUUACUAGUUAUUGGUCUUGCAGAUUUUCUAUGUUUCCGGUUCUUGAUUCCUGAAACCAAAAACAAACCACUUGAGGAUUUUAUUAUGAAUCGCACAAAGACUGUGGAAAAGGAAGAGGAAGAAGAUGAAGUGUGA